AGAGAGAACACACGACGACGGAGUCGCCUCAGCGCAUUCUUCAAAUCGUUUCCCUAAGCUUCUUACUGCUCUCUUCCUCUUCCUUCUGAUUUAUUUUUCUGCCGUUGCUUCUAUUUAGUGCCUUCGCGUCUGCAUGUGCUCGAAAAACUGUCGCUGACAGCUUCUUUUUUCUUAUUUCGGUUAAGCCCGGUUUGUGUUUUUCUCUCUUCUUUGCUUUACUUCUUCAGCCUCGCCAUGCCGUCCCCAGCGCAGCGCCCACAGGAGUCCGUGCCGCUGCGGACCAUUAACCUCUCCGAGGUGCACGGCGACCCCUACGCGGAGGAGCUCGGCAUUGGCGCCCCGAUCUACGACGCCUGGGCCCUCGAUGAUGACGAGGCCAGCAGCAAGCAUGGCACCGACACCUCGGAGCCGAUUAAAUUGAUGGGCGACACCGAGAACUCCCCCUCGACCCGCCAGCCCAACGGCCGGCACGGCCCGCGGCACACGUUCCACACGCCGGGGGGUCGUCCCUGCAGCAACGAGUUGUGGCGCUUCCGCGCCCGCGGCUGUCAGGAUUGCUGGGCGGCGCUCUUCUUCAUCGCGCUCGUCACGGUGGUGCUUCUGUGGGGUGCCGCGCAGAUCUGGCAGCUCGAGCUGACGGACGUCGACCUCGCCGUGAUUGCGGGUCAGGCGGAGCCGGAGGGGCCGGUGCGGUACGGGCCACGCACGCUGCCGCAGGACAAGAAGCCGCCGUUGCGGCACGUGGCGGCGCUGCGGGCGGGUGUGGCGGCCCUGUGGGAGCGGCAGAACGCCCUGCUCAGCGGCAACUCCGCUCCGGCCCGCACCAGCCCCCGCCUCUCCAUCGGCUCUGCGGUGGGCAUGCUGGUCGUGCUGGUCUUCGCCGUCACGACGACGGUGCUGGUGGCCUAUGCGGGUCUGCUCAUCAUCUCCCUCUACCCCAGGCAGCUCAUCUUCAUGCAGUCGACGGCCAGCUCCGUCUUCUUCGCCAUCUCUGCGGGGGUGGCGUUGGCGCGGGGGUCGCCGCUCGGGGCGUUGCUCUUCACCAUCCUCACCUUUAUGCCGCUGCUGUGGAUUUACUUAAUUCAAGACCGCAUCCCGUUUACGGCGACGAUGCUCUGCGCCACCGUGGCGGUGCUGCGCCGGCACAAAAGCCUCUUUGCCAUCUCCCUCUGCUCCGUCCUGGUGUGCUGGUCGAUGCUGGUUGUCUUCAUCCUCUGCGUGAUGCCGAGCGUGCUGCGGCUUGCCUCGGGGUGGGUGAUGGGGAAGGAUAUCAUCUACCCUUUCAUGGUCGUAUUUGCCUUCUUCUGGGUGCAGGAGGUGGUGAACGCGGUGGUGCACGUGACGGUAUGCGGGGUGGUGGCCACGUGGUACUUCGCUGGCGAGGAGCACCUGCCGCUCGCACCAGUGACGAUGGCCCUGCAGCGCGCCGUCACCACCAGCUUCGGCUCCGUCUGCUUCGGCUCCCUGGUCACCGCCGUCGUCUCCUUCGUUCACUCUAUCAUUGACUGCGUGCGCAGCGGCAACGAUCAGAACAGCUUUGUGAUGUGUCUGAUGGACUGUAUGGUCGGCUGCAUUGAAGAUCUCGUGCGCUACUUCAACGAGUACGCCUUUGUGCACGUCGCCAUCUACGGCUGCAGCUACGUGGACGCCGCCAAGGAGACGUGGGGACUGGUGAAGCAGUGCGUCUUCUCCGCCGUCUUCAACGAUUGCCUGGCGAGUCAGGUGGUGGCCAUCAUGACCCUCAUGAGUGCGGUGCUUGUCGCGGUCUUCACCGGCAUCGUCACGUGGAGUGCACCGGCCGUCACCGUCAUGUUUGUGAUGGCGUGGGUGGUGUGCAGCAUCUUCUACAGCCCGAUCGCGUCGUGUGUGACGACGAUCUUUGUGUGCUUUGCGGAGGUGCCGGUGGGUCUGCAGUUGUCGUUCCCACAGCUGUACGACGCGUUGGUGGACGCGGACGCCGGGUACACGGCGCGGAGGGAGGACGCCUCCAACUCCUACGGCACGUACGUUGUUUAA